UCACAUAUACCACACAGUAUAAGUUUCAAAAUUACAAAAUCGGAGAGAAAGCAGUUUUACAGCGCAAAAUAAGAUAUUCUGUGAAAGGUCUUCCUGUUAUUGUUAACCUUUAAAAUAGUUAUGAUUUCUAUUCUAUAAUUUUGCUUUACUCCAAUAUCUCUAUUAGUUUUUUUUUCACCCAUUUGUUAAACUCGUUCAUUUUAAUUUAAAAGAAAAAAAUGUCUGACAUCCAGAUGUCAUCAAAUGUCAAUCAAAACAAUUGUCAAGUUUAUCAACUCAACGACCUACAGAUUGCAGAAGGUCGAUCUCACGGUUUCCAAAAAACCGUCCCGCUCAUCUGGACGGAAUAGUUUUAGUAAAAAAUAUUGAUAAUGUUGCGAACAAUUGUGUUACGGAAUCAAAUCUUAAGCGAUGGUCUUAAGAAAGCUAUACGGUCGAACAUUACGAGGUGCAUUAGUACAGAACUGGCAAAAAGGAAAGUUACGAAUAAAUUGUUAGAACAUGCACAGAACCAGACAGUUCUAUCUACACCACAAUGGACUGUUCAGAUGAGGUAUUAUUCGAGUCUACCAUCACAUAUAAAGGUCAACCUUCCAGCUCUUUCGCCAACCAUGGAGAGUGGUUCAAUUGUAAGCUGGGAAAAAAAGGAAGGGGACAAACUUAGUGAAGGCGAUCUUCUGUGCGAGAUUGAAACUGACAAAGCAACUAUGGGCUUUGAGACACCUGAAGAAGGUUACCUGGCCAAAAUAUUGAUUCCGGCCGGUACAAAGGGAGUGCCUGUCGGGAAAUUAUUGUGCAUUAUUGUUGGAGAUCAGAAUGAUGUUGCGGCAUUCAAAGAUUUCAAAGAUGACUCGGCUGCCGCACCCGCCCCCGUUGCAGCAGCACCCGCAGCCCCCGUCCCCUCCCCCGCUCCGGCCGCCCCACGUCCCAGCCCUGCGGCUGCCCCCGCCGAACCUGCUUCGUCGGGCAGGGUAUACGCCAGCCCUAUGGCUAGGAGACUGGCUGAGAUCAAAAACAUCAGAUUAGGAGGAGCGGCAGCGGCAGGACCAGCGGCUCCGGCCUCCGCCCCCUCCGCACCAGCCCCCGCCCCAGCCCCCGGCGCCACCUUUGUGGACCUGCCGCUGUCCGGCAUGAGGGAGACCAUCGCCAAGAGGCUGACGGCCGCUAAACAAAGCAUCCCGCACUACCAGCUCAGUGUCACCGUCAACGUCGAGAAAACCCUCGCCAUGAGGAAGCUGGUUAACGAGAGGCUAGCCAGUGAAAAGGCUGAUGUUAAGGUUUCAGUGAACGACUUCAUCAUUAAAGCCGUGGCGGCUGCCUGCAAGCGCGUGCCUACAGUCAACUCACAUUGGAUGGAGUCUUUCAUAAGACAAUUCUCCAACGUAGACGUGAGUGUGGCCGUGGCGACUCCGACCGGCCUCAUCACGCCGAUCCUGCACAACGCUGACUCCCGGGGCAUCAUCGACCUCUCGAAGAACAUGAAGCAAUUGGCGCAGAAAGCCAAGGACGGUAAACUUCAACCUCAAGAGUACCAGGGCGGUACUGUCACGGUAUCGAACCUAGGAAUGUACGGUAUUACGAUGUUCAACGCCAUCAUCAAUCCCCCCCAGUCGUUCAUUAUAGCUUGCGGCGGCGUACAAGAACUGGUCAUUCCAGACCAAAGUGAACCAAACGGCUUCCGAACAGCCAAGUUCGUCACGUUCACAGCGUCGGCCGACCACAGGGUGGUGGACGGAGCGAUCGGCGCUCAAUGGAUGAAAGUAUUCAAGGAGAACCUCGAAGAUCCCGCCAACAUCAUUUUAUAAAUAGAGAAACGGUCCUACCUCAAUUCAGCUUAACGAAAGGAUGUCGCGAAAACGUAUACACAUAGACGAACAUUUCUAAUUCCGAUAUUAAAAAAAAAAAAAAAAAACUGACAUUUUAAGGUUAAGUGUUUUGAAACGGUAUUAAUUUAUUUUUAACAACAAGUUGUAUUUUUUUAUUAUAGUCGCUUUUACCGGUAUCCGUAUUAAAAAAGGGAGAAAAAAAGUAAAAUUUAUUGUAACCUGUCAAGAGAUGGCCUCGUGUGUUUUUGGCUCCUUUGGAUGUCCUGUAUCACCGUAAGACGGGGACACAGAACAUACAUUUUUUUUUCAUCACAAUAUUAUUAGUACAAUUUUCGCAUUUUAUUUCGAUCACAAAUAAAAAGUUUAGUUUUGCUCGUUCAAAGGACCAAAGUAGUUAAUCGAAAUAAGAAAAAGCUUAACUUUAAGCUUUGAUAAACAGUUUGAUCGUCGCGGUUUUCUUAAUAUUUAAUUUAUAUAUUUAUUCUGUGGUUACGCUUUUAAUGAGUGAGCUUUUGCUGAAAGCGCGUAUUUAAUAAAACUAUAAUUGUGAUUUAUGAGAAACGACCGAAAAAAAAUCUCGUGACGAAAUAUACAUUUUUACGCAUUUUAUUAUAAUAAUUUAAAAAGAAGUAGGGUUCGGAAUGUAGAUCUACAUAUUUAUUGUAAUUUACUGUAAAUAUGUAAUAAUAAUUCGUUACAGCUGUGACGUCAGUAUGGAAACUAAUGUAUGCAUUGAAACGAAACGAAGCAUUAUUUUGUUUUGUUAAAAAUUUUGUAAUGUUACUUUGUAACGUUUUGAUGAUGCUAGAUUAUUUAUGAACGUUAGUGAAAUAUAUUUUACUUACAGA